AUGCUUCAACUCUCACGUGCCGUUGCCUAUCUCCACGAUGACUGCGAGCCUCAUAUAAUCCACCGUGAUAUCAAGCCGGCCAACCUCUUCCUAUUCAAUCAGGGAUAUGUGCUCAAAGUAGGUGAUUUUGGGUCAGCUGUUGUGAACAGCCCAAAGAGCCCCACACGGAGGGGUACGUGGGCCUACAUGGCACCGGAACUGUUCAGUUCCCACACAGGUAGGAAACAUUUCGUUUUAUCCCUAAUCCUGCUAGGCAGCAGAACCCGUAAGAAUUUAUGGAUGGUUGUCGCCUUCGUAUUCCAUAUGCGAGUCCCUCUAAUAAGGGUAUUUACUUGACAGUGCACAGUCUGAAGAGGGAUAGAAGUGCUCCAAAGUGGAACGAGGACCCAAUGGGUUGGCCACCUAAGUUGAGAAGGUUCUCGAAGUGCUCACGCGAGCACUCGGCCUUGGCCGAGUCUUCUGCAAUAAAGCCCCCAUUCACAUUUCGAACAUCCCCUCAGUGGAGAGGGCCUGUUGCCAACUUAGCGAAUAGUUUGGCAGUUUUCGUGUUUCACUGGCCUUUGAUACUUGGUCCAUGGGGGUUGCUAUUCCAGCCUUAUAGUUUUCGCCUUCGUCUGUAGCCGACUCUUUCGCCACGUUCCGGAGUUGAUGGAAGGAAUCAUUGUUAAGAGACCUAGCCCGAGGCAUUUGGGUAGACAACUGCAAGGUUCGUUCGCUGAUCCAGUCAGUGCGACUAACUGGCUUAUCCAAGAAUUCCCCUAACUCGCUUGUAUAUUGAUGACUUCAAUAAUGACCAUUUACGUCUAUCCUCUCCUUCUCGGGUCCUAAAGGAAGGCCGGAUUUCUGUGCUCAGGGUCUCGACUGUGCUGGGUUGUCGUAAUUUCCCGACAUCAAGUGGUUUUUAUUUAAAGAUUUUGGUGCGUAUGAGACGUGAACUUUAAGGCAUGUGCUGAGGAGAAAAUGGUCUGACCCGUGGGCGUUGCCACUUUCGGCACCACUCAUAGAUCUGUUAUCGUGGUCCCAUUUUCGGAACUCUGGAUCAACGAGAAUAUAAUCAAUCUGACUGAGUGUGUGGUCAUUGUCUAAAUACCAGGCGGUGCUAGAAGCAUGUGUCGGUGACAAACAGUCUGUUAUAGUCGGCAAAGUUCGACAUGCUCUCACAUUUGUCGCAUCGAGAACCAAGCCGAAAACGGAUAAUAAGGUGACAAUUUGGAGAGUCGCCAAGUUCAUUGCGGCUCUGGUAGCCUCCGGAAAUAGUCAGCAGAUCGCAGCGAGUCUUUCAAGUAAGUCGUGGAACUUCAUAUGGAUUCCUUUAUCGUGCUGGUCGCCAGCUGAUGACGCAUGCGCGGGGAUGACAGAGGUGUUCGUAAAGUGGCCCCUCAGCCGUACGUAAACCAGCUGCUUAUUCACUGUUUCCCACGAAAGUAGUACAUAAUUCGCCUUAUGAGUGGGCGUCCACCUCACCAUAUCUACCAGAAGAGUCGCGUGAGCCUCUGGGGUAUAGGGCGAUUGCCCGCACAACGGGCUCCACUAGACCAAGACAAAACCAGAUUGGCCCACGGCACGCGUUAAUCGGGCUACGCGGAUUACGCGCGAUCCCAUAACUACCUCCGUAUAUGGGGGUAUUGUGGUGAAAUGCAAAGACGUAGACUUUGUGUCGCGUCAACCGCUGCUCUCAGUUCCAGCACUAGCGGGUUGACACGCUCGGACAGUCGACUAUUGUAUGGGAGGGGAGAGAGGGGGACUAACACUUGGGAAUCCACCUCCCCUGCACAUAAGCUCAUUACUCACCAUAAUAUAUUUGAAGCUUUUGAAUCUAUCACGACAGGCCAAAAGCCUCGGCUUGGAAGGUUACCAACUGCCGGGAUAACCCGGCCCUUCUCAGAACUGAGGGCCAGACUGCAAUGGCUCCUUAAUCCGGCCUUCAUGACUCACUGAUGUGAGGCUCGAGCUGCCUUCUUUGGAACUCGCAUCAUGUAGCGGGGACCAGGUCAUGUGUGACACACGUAGACGAACUGAUGUGCCUUGUCAACCACGGCGCCUGAGCCCGCCCUUCGGUCGCCCUAACUCUGCCUUGGUACGGAGUCCAGGUGGGAGAGAUACGGGAGUGUGCGGUAGAUGCUGCGAAAGUUACCUAUUAGUAUAGACUCAUUUACGCUUAAGUUGCCGUUCUGCGCCCACCUCGUGGGGCGCGCGGUGGACGUCUUUCGCGAUGGUCGAACUCGAUGUAGGAUGAAGCUGGAUUUUCCUCGAUAUAUUUGUUUCCCGAGUGCCUGAGUCGGCCAUUUGGACUUCUGACAGGCUGCAGACAUCUACGUACUGUUGGAGAUUGCCUCGUCAGAAUUUGGAUACCAGGCUCCGGGAACGUUCGCACAUUUCAGCACCCAGUAUCAAGAGUCCGUUCCAGAUUGAGCAGUCCGGCUCGCGUACUAUUUGCCCGCAUCACUGACUCUGGGCUGUGGAGCUCUUUGGUUCCCGCAGACGCUGUAGCAUGAAUCUCAAUACGUAAAUCGAACAUUUUUCAUGAAGUUCUCUGGGGGUUUUGAGUACAGUCAGGUCCCUAAUGGCUUCUCUGGUUGUUUGUUCGAGGUUGUAUUCUGUAGUUAUUGAGCUCUUUUUCCUUUUGGAUCUUUCCUGUUUCGCGAGGUUGUGGAAGCGAUGUGAUUUGAUUGACUGCCGACUAUUCUGGGGGCUGUAUGCUCAAUUGAACUGGGUCUUAGCUCAUGUACUUCUGCAACUUGUCGGUCUGAAACUCCUCUACCUUCCCGAGCAUGCGUACACACUCAAAUAAAUACCCGUUUCUUGCUUUGGAAUCACGUUCAAUAAGGACUUCCAACUGCAUCAUUCUCUACGUACACCGAACUCGUCCUUUUCCCCCAUUUAGAGCUUUCGUCUGGUUUAAACUGCGUUCGCAUUUGUGGCCAUAUGUGUAUCUUACCGGCCAAUGCUUUCACAUUAAUGUACUCCUUCUUGAGCGACAAUGAAGUGCAUCGUGAUCCGGGUAGGAAACCUUACAGCCGGUCCUAGAUUAAAUUAACAGUAGAAUUUCGGCUAUUUAAAAGUAGAAAUCCGUUAGUCUAAGUUGCUCCGUCCACGUGUCAGUGGAAUCUUUUUGUAUCCAUAAUACGUCCGCUAGUUACUCUGCCUUCUGAUUAACCUAUCGCCUUUUUAGUUUGUGAUAGCAAGGCAGAUGUAUACAGUUCGGCCAUUACCUUCUGGGAGAUACUCGCGCGCCGUUUUCCAUCUCCACCGAAUGAGCCCUUUAUAGUAACUCUGAAACAUCUGUCCUUGGAGAAACGGCGUCCCCCCACACUCUCCAAAUGUCCGUCUGUUUUGCAGAAUCUUCUGACAAGGUUCGUGAACUGUGGGUCUAUCAUGAAUGCUUGCCAUAAUCUGAAAGUAGCACGUUUUAGUUUUCUUCUGUUGUCUGGUUUGAACCCAUGACUGAAAACUCGGCGUUGCGACCUGCCCUACAAACUGUUCGACACGGUCGGUCGCAACAGCGCAGCCACUGCGACCCAACACGCACAUAAAUCUAACUGAACGCUCAAUUCAUGAUUUACAGUGGCAAUGUUUUCUUCAUUGUCUUCAGUGCGUGGUCCGAGGAUUCACAGUCCCGACCUAAGAUGUCUGAGAUAGCACUGUUCCUGCAGUUUGUGGAGGACAGCUUGCUCGGCAGCGGCCUCCUUCCCCUGCCUAUGCCCAUCGAGACCCUCUCCAGUCGGCGUCUUGCCGGUGAUGUGGACCUAAACGAAGAUCUUAUCUGGGAAGGCGAGGAGGAGAAACAGGAGGCAUGUACUGACUGUGAAGGGAAUACCUCUGAAUGGGAUGUCUGUUUUUGCAGAGAGGUCUGUUUUUCUGGUCCAACGGCCUGCACUGUACACUUUUAUUUAUAACACUUAUCAAGAACAAAGUUAUCGAAAUAAACUGGCGCAUAUUGACGAGGCGACUGCAGAACACAUCCCUAGAACUAGGUACUAAAAUUCUAAUGAUAUUGCACAUUCAUCUGAAACAAUCAGAAACGGUCAUUUUUCCUCGGGUUAUCCUCUCGUCAAAGCAUUCAAAAAUAACGAGUAUAACUAGUGGUAUUUGCCCACCGUUUUCUAGUACCUUAUGCAAAUUAAGUAAUUUGUAGUUUGUAUAAUCAAAGCCAGUUGGCACGUGUGUCAGGAGUUUCGCUUUCUGCCACUUCCUGCUGUGAUGGAGACGAGAUCUGAAAGCCAAACUGACGGAGUUUCUUUCCCCCUUCCUGCUUGUUGUUUAGCCUUGUGAGGAACUGAUUGUCUCUCAGCCCGAAUGCUCCACCCUCCCUCAGUCAUUGGAUUUCAACGAGCUGAACAUUCUGUGCGAUGCAGAUCAGUGA